AAUGUUGCUGCAAGUGCCGCAAAUGUGGCCACGUCAGUGCACAAGCAGCUGUCAGUGUGGACAGACUGCAGGGCUUUCCCUACUGAGCUCUCCGAAGGCGAGUUUAAGUCACAGCGCUCUACAUCUGCAAGUGUAGCCAUGCCCUGCAAUGGGCUGGAGGCAGAGCAGCAGCAACAAGGAGCCAGAAGAGGCAAAGCUGGAGAGCUGGAGCAGUGCAGACCCGCCAUGCCGAGGGGGGCCCAGGGCUGAGCCACCGCAGGAAGCUGCAGACCCAGAGCUAGGGAGUGGACGCCUGCUGUGUCACAAGUAACACCAGAGAUGAGUGCGUGUUGUGUCGAAAAUACGUGAACAGGUUACAUGGAGCUCAUUUUUCUUUUCUUGUGGGGCUUGCUCAGAUCUGGAGAGGCAGCUGGACAUGGAAAUGGGAAGUGCUUCGCCCCACUCUACAUUGAGUUUGCUGAGAUUACCAUUGACAGGGUCAUGGUGGGCAGCAAGGUGCGAUACAAGUGUGAAGCUGGCUAUAGAAGGAUACCUGGGGAAAGUAACUUUAUUGUCUGUAUUAACGAUACUGGGCUUAUUCACUGGACUACAAAAGCUUCUGUAUGUGAACGGGACUCCAGGGCUACUUCACAACAGUCAGAAAGAAAACCUGAGAAUCCAGUCACCAUUGUGCCAUCUGACACAGCAGGUUAUUGUGGGAUACCCAGCCCUGUGGAACAUACCACACCUAGGGUGACAGAGUAUGCUGUGGGUCAGGAACUGCAUUACAAGUGUCUACAUGGUUACGAUGCUCGGCCCCCAACCUCUGAUAUCAGCACCUGUAAGGAAGAGCAUGGGAAAACCUUCUGGACAAGGCUAAGUCUGCUGUGCACUAAUGACAGCAAGAGUGGAGAAGAGAUGACGCAACCGAUUCCAGUAACAGAUACAUCGGAACCGUCCCAUGUCCCAUCAGUGAUGUUUCCUGUCACAGUUGCUGUCUCUACUGUCUUCCCAAUCAUUUUCAUCAUUUUGGGGUGGAUCAUCGUAUCGAAACUAUGGAGACGGAAGAGUUUGACAGAAGAGGUCAAGAUUGAAAAGACAAAGUCAGUUCUAGUAACAGCAGCAAGAGCGGCAAUGGAGAGUGAGGAGGAAGCUCACAGACUAAAAUCUAAUAUGUGAAGGAAGUAGCAGAUGUUUCACUUUAAUGCUCAAGUUGGAUUGCACUGGCAAAGACUGGUUCCUGCCUAGAGCCAAGAUAUCUGAGCUCUUAGUGCUAGGAAAAGACAUAUAGCACAUGGAAUAUGGGCUGUAUUGUUAUUAACAGACAAAGAACUUCUUUCACGUUCAUUUCAAGUUGCUACUAUGGAUGUAUCUUGAAGAACAUUAGAGUUAAAAACCUAAACAACUCAAAGUAUGGAAAUCACUAGUUAAGAGCAAGUAAAUACAUAUUCAAAUAUAUUCAUAGCUUAUAUAAUCUCUUUUUUAAAAGGAUCGUGUAAAAUAUCACAUUGGAUAUUCUAGAAAUAGCCUUCAAUCUGCCCCUGUAUCCCUGCCUAACCUGAAAGUGUUUACCAGAAAUGCUCUUCACCUUCCUCUCUUAUAUCAUAUGUAUUUCCAAUAUGGGCUAUAAACUCUCACUAACUACCAGCCAGCACAUGUGGUCCACAGGCCUAACCAGACUAUGUGGCCAUUAUUAGACAGAGACACCAAUAUCAUGAUGCUUACUCUUCCUGUAAAAGCUACAUAUCUGACUCUCCCCAUCCCAUCUCUGACUGUUACGCUCAAGAGAUCACAGCCUAUCUUAUUUUCCACACAUUGCCCAGAAAUGACACCUUUCUCGCACACUCCCUCUUCUACUUUGUGGGAGGAAAACCCAGUAAACCCCAAUCACUCUUUUCAUGUGAGAUGAAAAGCUCAUCAUAUCCUCUUCCUCCUUUCACUGUGAACCAGAAGUUUCACUUUGCACAUACUGACCACACAUCCAUCUUCAUCCAUCCCCUCUACCCUUAUAUUUCAGACUAUCCCAUUGAUCAGAGCAGGCUAGUACAUUGUUUAGCAUAAAGGAAGGAAGGGUGUUGGCCUUGUCUGUAGAGCAGUGCUCCCCAAACUGUGGGGUGCACCGCCCUACGUGGGUGCAGAGGAACAUUGUGGAGGGGGCAUGUGUCAAGUCCCGAACUAGCCCCCGCAGGGGGCAAGGAGGGAGUGCCAUCCAACCCCACUCUGACCCAAGUCCAGUUCCAGCUCUGGCCCCAGCUCCACUCCACCCCCUGCUCUGCCCCCAACCAGCUCCAGCCCCACUCUGCCUCCUGCUC